AUGCCUCCUUCCGGUCUCGACGGUGAUUCUAGCAGCGUGUCAUGGACGGAGGAUGAUAUCAAUAACCUCGCUCUGGCACAUGUUUAUAAGGAUAACGAUCGGCCGAUCACUUCUCUGAGUUUUUCGGCUUCUGGCCGUUACUUGGCAACAUGUUCGUCGGACCAAACGGUACGAAUUUAUGAUACGGACACGCUGAACCAUUCGGUGCGGAUUCUUCAUUCUCACAAGUACGGCGUCCGUCACGUUAAGUUUAUGCACUCUUACAAGUGGGAGACAGGCAUAGCAUGUGGGGACGUCAACUGGGACUGCUCUGUGAGGCUGUGGGACUUCACCGAAAAUAAAUUCACGCGAGUUUUCAAAGGUCGAAAAUCUCCGGUUCACACUCUAGACGUGCACCCGAGUACCGACCUGGCUAUAUUCACCACAGUCGAUGGCCACCUCUACCUCUGGGAUACACGUAUGCCGGAGGCAAUGAAAGAUAGCGCAAGGCUCACCAGCGUCCCCGGUGAACUUCCUAAUGAUGGAGGUCACCACUCUGCAGCUAGUGUAGCAUUCGAUCCGAGUUCUCCCGGCUCAGUCGUGUUCGCCGCUGCCAGUGCGCUCGGCAAUGGCGUUGUUCACUUGUACGACCUGCGAACGUUCACCCCAUUCAUGUCGCUAACUGCAGGAAGUGAACAUAACGCUGGUCGAACAGAAGUUCUCUAUCCCACGGAGCUCACCUACGCUCCGGAUGGGAAGCACGUUUUAGUGACAACAGUGUCGGGCGGAGCGGAGAUGGAGCUCACAGCUGUCGAUACCUUUACAGGAAGGCCCACGGUAACGGCUUUUGUAUGUAACGUGAAACAGCCUCCUGGAAUGCACUCUAGAGAUCGCGAUAGCAAUCUCUACAUGCCGCCCGACAAUCUCGGCCACGCCCUCGCUAGUUCUGCCCGACACAUACCAUCAGAGCGGUGUCAAGUGUUUGUGCCAACGCUCAAGCCCAGCUACAGUCCCUGCGGAAAGUAUGUUGUUUUCGGCGAGCCCUUCAUGAAGCGGUUCCGACCAGGCGAGAAGAAUGAGGUUCGGUUCCUCGACAUGAACAAGGGUGAGAACUCGACAGUACUUGAGCGGGUCCUAUUAGGCCAAGCAGCACCCCCAAUUGCCGCCUUCUCUCCCAGGUCGCGUAUGGUUGUCAGUGCUAGCGCUGCUAUGGGUUGGUGGGCAGUGAAACCCCUCUCUGAGAGGACCCCAUCAGAGGAAGCUCCCAGGAAUGGAGAGGCCCGUCCCAGCCCUGAGUCCGUAGAUGUAGAAAUGACAGAGAUACGAAAUAGUGCUGAUAACAUUGGUAUACAGUGA